UAAAUAGCAGUCAAAAGCAGUCCACCACACAUCUCCUUUCCUUGCCUUUUGUGAAGGAAAUCGCCCAGUCUCCCCCCAUCCUAUCCUCCAUUAAAUCCCGAAAGCUUCACUCUCAGUCUCAGUGUAAUUAAUAAACGCCACACAUGUCAGAGAGCUGCAACUCUCGCCACUUCUCGUGGCUCAUGAAAUCCUGCUUCCCCAAUCCAAACGACACCAAAUCCUUAUCCCAGACCCACAUUCUUGGCGACCAAUGCGCCACCACCACUGUCUCCUCUCUACCGGACGACCUCUUGCUGGAGUGCCUCUCGCGGGUCCCACCUUCUUCUCUGCCCUCCAUUUCCGCCGUUUGCCCCAGGUGGGCCCGUCUCCUCGACUCCUCUCACUUCUUGGAUCUCCGCCGUUCCUACCGCCUACUCCACCACUCUGUCUUCGCGGUCUCCGCCACCGACUCGGGCCUCUACGCCGCCAGUCUGCGCUUGCAGACCGAUGCGCUCUGGAAGGUCGCCUUCUUCCUCCCCGACAACGCCGUUUCUCUCGGGAACUUCCAUGGGUUGCUCUUCCACGCUCGCCUGUCCGCGGUGGGUCCUAAGAUUUUUAUCAUCGGUCGGAACGCGAUGGUGCGUUACGACACUUGGUCCGGAACGGUGGUUCCGAGAUCGGCGAUGAUCUUCCCGAGGAAGAAGUUCGCCGCCGCCGUGGUUUCCGGCAAGAUCUACGCUGCCGGAGGGGGUCCGAACGCGGUGGAGGAGUACGAUCCUGGAUCCGACACGUGGCGCGUGGUCGCCAACGCUCCGAGGAGGCGGUACGGCUGCAUCGGAGCCUCGGUGGACGGGGUGUUCUACGUGAUCGGGGGGCUCAAGAUCGGCGCAUCGGGGAACGAGCCCUCACGCACCACUGCCAACACGGAGGCCCACGUGUACGCGAGCUCAAUGGAUUUGUACGACGUGGAGGCGCGUGGGUGGCUGAGAAGCCGAGCCGUACCCGGAGGCGGCUGCGCAGUGGCGGCUUGCGCCGCUGCCGGACACGUGUACGUCCUCGCCAGCCACGCCGUGGAGCUAUCGUUUUGGAGAUUCGACGCGCGAAGAAAAAGCAUUGGUAAUAUCAACGCUAACAGUAACAAUAGCAGUAGCAGUGGCAAUAGUGGGUUUGGGGAGUGGUGUAGGUUAAAGAGCCCUCCACUACCGGCGCAAGUUAGACUAGACAGCACCGUUAGGUUCAGUUGCGUGGGGGUGGGCGAGAAGGUAGUGUUGGUGCAAGUCACCGGUUGCAUUGACGACUUGUUGCGGCGGAGUGGGAGGAGUUCGAGGGGUCUGAGAGAAGGGCUUGUGUUGGUCUAUGACUCCUCUGGCGGAGAGUGGAGCAGAGCGGCGGAUCUGCCGGAGGUGAUUCGACGCGCCGCCUGUGUGUCUGUGGAGUGCUGAAUGGCGCAUGUUAGGGGGGCCGAGGGGGGACCUUCGCAACCUGCACACCGUACAUGGUGAUUGUCGUUGCGCGUGUCCUUAGGGAUUAUGGGGGAAAGCGUCGUUUUGGGUGCAUAUAUGGAAGACAGUGUGUUGAUUGGCCCUAUUUUGGCGCAAAUUUGGCGCUAUCUAAUUGAAGGUUUUUUUAAGAUUAGGAAUUUGGGUAUGGGCUACAAUGGUGUUUGGACAAAAUUGUGUGUGGUUAAUUGCCUGUCUUCUUUACUUCAUUGGUUGUCUUCUUCUUCUGGACGGUUAUUGCUGCUUUUAAUGUGAGGAAAUAAAUAUGAUGGAAUUAAGAAAAGCUACUUAUGGAGGGAGAAUGGGAGCUAGUUGUGCUGAUGUGGUUACAUGGUCCAACGUGUUGUUUAUUUUUAAUUAUAAAUUUAAUUAAUAUUAUAUAAUAUUUAUAUUUAUUGUUAAA